AAAAAAUAUUUACAUUUAAUCUUUGAUUUAAUAUCUUGUUAAAAAAGAGGUGACAUGUUAUUAAAUUGUUUCGCCCAACCCACUUUAUUGUCUGCCCGAAAAACUUACUUACAUUAUGAAGAAUUUCAGAAUGCACCGCUUUUAUUGUGUCAUAAAAAUGCAUUGCAGAGAAAACUUCUACCCAAAGAUUAUUCGGGAAACAUGUAUGCAACACAGGAAAUAUUAAAUGAAGUUAAACAAAAGAAAUACAAGAUAAAACCUUCGUAUGCUCAGGCCCUAUCUCCAAACGAAACUCAUAGUAUUAACUUGAAUGCUGAAGAAAAUCAUUAUAAGGUUAAAAAUGUUAAUUUAAUAGCGAUUCCCUGGAAUAGAGAAUUUGUUAUAUAUUUGAUAAAAGCGAAUGACGUUACAAAUUUAUUAACUGAUAUGAUCACUGAAGAUAUGGGGGUAUUUGUGCAGAAUAAAAUUUUACGCGACGGUAUUAAAAGUGGAAUUGAUGUUCUAUAUGUCAAUGAUGGAGUCUAUCAUAAAUCGACAGAGCUAAAAAUAUAUCCAUCUGAAUGUUUGCUGGGAGCAUUGGUAACACUUGUUCGGCCCCAUCAAGUUCAUGGUUUAUUAGGCGAAGGACAAUUGCCACAACACAUAGUUGACUGUUGCGUUCAACUAUAUAGUGGACAAUGAAUUAAUCGUUAGGAUGUAUGGAUGUUCUUAUAGAUAAUAAGAAUACUUGUAAUAUAAUUUGUUAUUGGCCAAAUGGCUACAUACAUAUAUUACAAUUGAAUAAAUAAAAAAAAAUUAAACCUUUUUAUUAAAUUUUGAA